CUUGUGCAAGAAACAAACUCCAAUAGUGAACGCAGAAAUAAGUGGGCCGACAUGGAUUGUAGUACGAGCAUGCGGUACAUCUGUGAAACAGAUGUAGACGAGUGUGCCACAGGAAACGGUGGAUGUGCACAGAACUGCACCAAUACUGUCGGCAGCUUCUCAUGUUCCUGUUAUACUGGCUACAAAUUCAACAAUGACGGAGUUUCCUGUGAUGACAUAGACGAGUGCGCCUCAAACAACGGUGGAUGUUCCGUGAAUUGCAACAACACCAUCGGCAGUUUCGAGUGCUACUGCGGAGAUGGCUAUGUCCUGGAUGGAGAUGGGGUGUCAUGCAAUGGGGUGUAG